UCACGGACGCCAUUUUAUAAUGGGCGUGGCCGCCACAAAAUAAUGGCGAAAAGAAAGCAACUGUAGAAAAGAUAAUGUCAGGCGUUUUGCAGGACAGCACGUUUUGGUGGACUCUCUGUCUAACAGGUGCAGCUGCCAUCGCAGCUACAGCUUACGUUUUGUUUGGUCCCGAAAGCCUCAGGGGUAGAGAUUCUCGUGUACCAGGUCUCAUUAAUCUUGGAAACACGUGCUUCAUUAAUUCCAUUUUACAAGCAAUGGCUUCCAUACCAUCCUUACUUCAAUGGCUGGACAGUAAAGAAACCCCACUAGCAGUUUCUCUUAAGAAUGUCUUACAUGCUUUAAAUGACAAUAAUGAAGUGAAUAUCUCGCCUGAGGAACUUACGCAAGCUCUAAUGAGGCACAGAUGGUUGAUCGAUCAUCAGCAGCAAGAUGCUCUGGAGUUUUAUCAUGUCCUCCUAACAACUCUGGAGGAAGAAAUGACAGGCCCCACUUUGUCACUCUCUGAUCUAAUCAAUGAUCCUCAGGUUGAAGCCCAGAGUUCCAGCACAAAAGGCAUGGCUCUCACUAAAAUUGGUUCAUUCAGUGCUCCUUCUCAACCUAAAUCCUGUCCUUUGCAAGGCCUGAUGUCCAGUAGUCUUGUCUGCUGUGACUGCCAGCACGCUUUGCCAACUCGGUAUGAGUCAAUAGACAGCAUCUCUCUUCCUCUUAGUCAAAGGGCAGCCUCAUCCUCAUCGCUAGUCGAAUGCCUCAGGGACUACAUGAGCUCUGAGAUAGUGGACGACAUUGAGUGUCCAUCUUGUUCCAAAAGAGCCGGCGUAAAGACAAAAAGAAGUUUUCGGAAGAAACUACGGAUUGGGCGUCCUCCGGAAGUACUCUGCCUUAAUAUAAUCCGGAGUGUUUGGAGGUCCGAUGGCACGAUGGUGAAGAACAGGUCCAGACUGGUAUUCCCUCUUACUCUUGAUAUCAAUAGUUUCCUAACUACAACAGCAACAAGACAAGACAAAACGAAGUAUCAACUCAGAGCCGUCGUUGAACAUCUAGGAGGACCUUCGUCAGGGCACUAUUGCACGUACAGGCAAUGCGGGAGACAGUGGUUGUAUACAUCGGACACCACCGUCUAUCCUGUGUACAAUCAUGAGGUUAUGAACUGUGAAGCAUAUCUUCUCUUUUAUCAAAUGGAUUGAAAAAAUGAUAAUAACAAUAGCACAAUUGGAAAAUAAUGAUUAUUAUUAUUGUCAAAAAAUAAAAUCAAACUAAUGACAAUUGUUGUUAUUUUAAAAGACAAUUAUUUAAUGUUUG